AUGGCGAUUUCUGGUGAAUUGGGGAUCUCUGCAAUAUUGGGUUCUUGCCCUUUUAAGCACCACUCUCUGGGAAGCUCUCUCAAGCCCUCCAAGGUAACAUUGAAGGGUUUUAAUGGAGGAGGUAGUUCACGGGUGAUGAUCCAAACUUCCUUAAAUCUGGAAGGCUACAAGUCUAAGUGCCAGUGUAGCCAAACGUUUGGGAUUGCAGAAAACAGUGAACCUUUUCCCGGACCUCUAAGCCAAGAAACAGAGGGCUUUCUCCUCCGUGCUAUAAACAUGAGCUUUUUUGAGCGUUUAAACUUGGCGUGGAAGAUAGUGUUCCCUUCACCGUCGACAAGAAGGAAUUCUAAUGCAAAGAUUGCCAAGCAGCGGUUGCAGAUGAUCCUCUUCUCCGAUCGAUGCGCAGUAACUGAUGACGCGAAGGAGAAGAUUGUGAGCAACAUUGUUGGUGCUCUAUCCGAUUUCGUGGAAAUAGAGUCACAGGAUAAUGUCCAGCUUAGUGUCUCAACAGAUGAAGACCUAGGCACAGUGUACUCUGUUACAAUCCCUGUUCGGCGUGUGAAGCCUGAAUAUCAUCAAGAUGAGGAUGAUGUUGGGGGCAUAACCAAUGAUGAGUACAAGGAUAUUGGGGAACAGAUUGGAUCUUAUUGA